AUGCAAGACGGCAGCCCCAACGGCCCAUCACCCCAAGAUGAAAUUGUAACGCCUGUGUCAGAUUCUACGCAUUUGAACGGUUCCGUGUUCGAAAAAACGUCGGAUUCUAUGCCCUACGAAUCAAUUCCUUCCGAGCCGAAAGAUAUCGAAGCUAUUCACCAACCCGAAGAACCCCCAUCAAAGAAAAGGAGACUCACAGACUCCUCCUCGUCACAACGCUCCACUCCCCGCCCACCAUCGCCUCCUUGGAAAAAGGCUGGCUUUGAUGGGCCAACAUCUUUUCUCUCUGAGGGCAAGCGCAGAUCGUCGCGGACAAACGUGGUCCCAAUCGAGUUCCAAUCUCCCUCGGAUAAGAGACACACGCGUGGGGCUCAAAAUAAGAAUCUUGGCAAGUCUGCUCGUGAUGGAACCAAACCAGCCACAUCCUCGCCGCUGUCAGUGACCCAGUCCCGCGCCGAUGCCAACGGGAAGCUGGGUGGGAAAUCGACUGCCAAUGGAUCGCCCAGAGCGCCAGCUUCGCGCGCUGUGGCCAACAAAUCGCAGCGUAUCUCCCAGAUCUCAGCACCAAAGCCGAGUCAUUCGCGCGCGAGAUCUCGCAGCUCCGCUACCCUACCUCGUCCGUCCGGUGCCAACGCGAACGGUACAAGUUCGCGCUCACUUCGCGAUCGACAAUCCCUUUCAAAUCUCUCACAUGAAGUUGAUGGAGCUUUAGAUGCCAGAGAUACCGACGACGAGGAAUUUGAACAAGGGUCGUUGAGAGGUCCACGAUUGCGCCUCAACUUGAAAAAGCCCGUCCUUCCCAUCCGACACCCCGGCCACAUACCGCAGAAGAAAUAUGCGUCGUUCAGGGAAUGGGUGGAACAAGAGGAUCGCUCAACCAUACUAUCAGAGGAGGAGGCUGUGGUAGAAGCGCGCAGACGGCAUGAAGUCAUAUCAGCCGCUGAGCCUGGUGGACCGCUGAGCUCGCAAGUUUGCUCGGCAUUUAUCACAGAACAGCAAGAGGAGCCACCCCCACAGUAUUCGCAUCAAGAUCAUUUGGUCUCCCACGCUCUCUAUUUUCAAAAACUCCUCGAAAAGGAACACAAACGUCAUCAACACACAGCCAAGCUGUUCGCGCAAUGGUGUGCGGAUGCGUACCGAAAACGCCAUAAGAAUCCCGAAGAUAUCUUGCGUGAGCAGCAGGAGGAAAUGCGCGGCAAACGCAAGCAGCUAUCAAAGGAUCUUCAGAAGAUGUUCGACCUGACCCGUGCUGAUAUUGACCGAGUCCGUCUAGCACGCUGGGAAGAAGAGCGUAAAAUGGAAGACCAGCAGGCCCUUGAUCGCGCUAUCAAAAAAUCCACAAUGCUUUUUGAAAAACGUCGAUCGGAGAUUUUAGGCGAACUGCCUAGCGAUGCUCCUGUGACGACGGAUGAUGAGGACGCUGUAUCAGGGGUCUCGUCUGACUCAGAUGAUGAAGACGAGAGUAAUAUGUCAGAUUCCGAAUCCGCAACCGACGACGAGGGCAAUGUGGACGACGAUGCCAAAUUGACGGCGGAGGAGCUCCGAUUGAAGUACGCCAACCUAUCCACUGAAGCUUAUUUCGACCGAAUGUCCGUAGUCUCAGACAGCACGGCAAUGACAAACCCCAACGAAUCUCUGGACCCCGAGCUUGCUUUAGAUGGCCCCGAUCCGCACGGAACUCCUGGACAUGCCCAACUAGACGAUGUUGACUCAGUAUUGAUGGAUGAUAGCGAUGCCUCCACAGACAUGGAUGAUGACAUGGGUGAUAGUGACGAAGAUGAAGAAGGCUCAAGUGAGGAAGAGUCGGAUGAGGACGACGAGGAUGACGACAGACCUGGCUUGCUGGGCUUCUUCUCCAAGAAUGAAACACCUGUGCCAAAAGAUGGCGAAGAAAUACCAGCUGUGGACCACGACGAUGAUAUCGAUUUGAAAUCGGCAUCGGCAUCCGAGGCUGAGGAUGACUUCGAGUUUGACGACCCAGAUGAAGUUUCACUUGUUCCAAUUGGACCAACAACUAGCGAGGGCACUUCAACAGAAGGCACGCCCUUACAUAUGGCCAAUAUUUCUGAAGCCUCUCCUGCCACCGGGGGAGAAACACCUGCCAAUCUAGAAAUUGACGAUGCGGUUUCUAUUGUCGAUACACCAAUGCAAGAGGAACUCGCUGGACCGGAAACUAAGGAAGUUACCCCUGCUGGAGUUGCAGAUGACAGCGAUGAACUUAAAUCUAUGGAAAUAGAUCAGAUCAAUGACAAUCAACCAAGCGGGGAAAUUUCGAGUGAACCCUCACCUGGAACUCUCGCAACCAAGCCAUCCGAGCCCGAGUCGGUCUCGUCAUUGGAGCCUGGAAUCGAAAAGGCUUUGCAAACAAGUCACUCGCCUGCCCCGGGCCUCAAGACACCCAUUCCGCACCUCUUGCGUGGUACACUGCGUGAAUAUCAACACUAUGGGUUGGAUUGGCUUGCGGGUCUCUACAACAACCACAUCAACGGUAUCCUGGCAGAUGAGAUGGGUUUAGGUAAGACAAUCCAAACAAUUGCCCUCCUCGCCCAUCUUGCUGUGGACCAUGGCAUCUGGGGUCCACAUCUGGUAGUCGUCCCCACUAGUGUCAUGCUCAAUUGGGAAAUGGAGUUCAAGAAAUGGUGCCCAGGUUUCAAGAUCAUGACCUACUACGGCAAUCAAGAAGAACGCAAGCAAAAACGACGAGGCUGGACAGAUGACAACGCGUGGAAUGUAUUGAUCACAUCGUAUCAACUCGUCCUGCAGGAUCAAAUGUCUCUCAAGCGAAAAGACUGGCAUUACAUGAUCCUUGACGAGGCGCACAACAUCAAAAACUUCCGCUCGCAGAGGUGGCAAGCUCUGCUUACGUUCAAGACCCGUGCCAGGCUUCUUUUGACUGGUACGCCACUCCAGAACAAUCUUACGGAACUGUGGUCUCUUUUAUUCUUCUUGAUGCCAUCGGAUGGUCACAAUGGUGGCGUCGAAGGAUUCGCUGAUCUGAAAGAUUUCUCUGAAUGGUUCCGGCGCCCCGUGGAACAAAUUUUAGAGCAUGGCAGGGAUACUAUGGAUGAGGAGGCUAAAGGUGUGAUUACGAAACUUCACACCGUUCUCCGUCCAUACCUCCUUCGUCGAUUGAAGGCUGAUGUUGAGAAGCAAAUGCCUGGAAAAUACGAACAUGUUGUCUACUGCAGGCUAUCAAAGCGUCAACGAUACCUUUACGACGGCUUUAUGUCGAUGGCCCAGACCAAGGAGACCCUGGCGUCCGGAAACUUCCUCUCCAUCAUUCACUGUCUCAUGCAACUUCGUAAAGUGUGCAACCAUCCCGAUCUUUUUGAAACUCGACCCAUCUCCACCUCCUUUGCAAUGCCGCGAUCUGUAGCUAUGGACUUCAAUGUUAAGGAAUCCCUUGUUCGACGGAGACUACUUUUUGAGCAUCCACUCACUAAAAUCGACCUGGAUUUCCUCAACCUCGCACCCGUAUCACGGGAAGAUAUCUCACGACGGCUGGCCGACGAUAGUAUCAGGCUCAUGGCUAUUGGUCCGUUCAAGGCUCUCCGAGAACGCCAGUACAACCGAACCAACUGGGAGAUGGACUUUGACGGGUCAAACAUGCAGACUAUUUUGGAAUCUUUGGAGAAUGCCUGCCGGAAGAGACGGAUGGCGGAGCUAGAGCGAUGUCUCUACUUCGAAUCUAAACGCCACGGCCGUCGGCCCAUCUACGGGAGUAGCCUAAUCGAGUUUCUCAGGGCUGGGACCAAGGAACACGCGCUAUCCAAUGCACCGCUACGGAAGCGCUCAAUGGCCGAUUGGUUGUCGAGUCGAUCCUCUGUCCUCGCGUCGAUGAUCCUGACCGUCGAGGAGCGGGCUCUUGAGAUGCACGGUUAUGUCCAGAGAUUCGCCUGCGUCACCCCUGCUGCCGUCGCCGCGGGUAUGAACGAAGCUGCCUUGACUCCAGUCGAGACCCGGCUUUUGACCAAUAACCGUCCAAACCCGCCUUACGAUCCUUUCCACGAAGCACGGAUGCGUCUCUCCAUCGCAUUCCCAGAUAAGAGACUGCUACAAUACGACUGCGGCAAAUUGCAGCGCCUCGAUAAACUUUUGCGUGACCUCAAAGCCGGCGGACACCGAGCCUUGAUCUUCACUCAGAUGACCAAGAUGCUUGAUAUUCUUGAACAGUUCCUGAACAUCCACGGCCAUCGUUAUCUCCGACUUGACGGAACCACGAAAGUCGAGUCACGGCAGAUGCUCACGGAACGGUUCAAUAGCGACCCUCGGAUUCUCGCUUUCAUCCUAUCGAGUCGAUCCGGUGGUCUCGGUAUUAAUCUUACGGGCGCCGACACUGUCAUUUUCUACGACCUGGACUGGAAUCCGGCCAUGGACAAGCAAUGUCAAGAUCGCUGUCACCGUAUCGGUCAAACGCGCGAUGUCCACAUUUACCGCUUUGUCUCGGAAUACACCAUUGAAUCCAACAUCCUUCGCAAAGCCAAUCAGAAGCGCAUGCUCGACGACGUGAUCAUCCAAGAAGGUGAAUUCACCACCGAUUACUUCACCAAGCUAGACGUGCAAGGGAUGGCCGAAAGCGACGAGCGCGACGGCCACGACGAGGCAAGCGCAGCCAUGGACCGAGUCCUUGGCAAUCGCGUUGGAGGCGGCACCCGUGUCUUUGAAGCAGCGGAAGACAAGGAGGACUUGGACGCGGCGAAAAAUGCGCAGAAAGAACAGGAGCACGCCGAUGAUGGCGAUUUCGAGGAGCACAGUGCUUCGCAUGGCACACCGGCGCAGGCUGGAACGCCGUUGGCCGUGGAGGACGUAACUGCCGCGCCGACCCCUGUGCACGUGUCCGGCGAGCUCCCCGAUGGAGAGCCACAACCUGGCCACGUCGAUGAUUAUCUCCUGCGCUUUAUGGAAUGGAACAUGAAAGACGAACCCUUGGUUCUGCCACCGGAUAAGAGCAAGAAGAAGUCCAAGAAGGGCAAGGAGCAUCAUCUCAAGCGACGCCGUUGA